AUGGGCGAGCGCAAGGUCCUGAACAAGUACUUCCCGCCCGACUUUGACCCGUCGCUCGUUCCGCGUCGAAAGAAGCCGAAAAAUGAGCAGGUGGAAGUGCGGAUGAUGCUGCCGUUCUCCAUCCAGUGCGGCACCUGCGGCGAGUACAUGUACCGCGGCAAGAAGUUCAACUCGCGCAAGGAGGAGGUGCUGGAGGAGACGUACCACGGCAUCCGCAUCUACCGCUUCUACAUCAAAUGCAUCACGUGCUCGUCCGAGAUCACGUUCAAGACGGACCCGAAGCGCGGCGACUACGUCUCGGAGCACGGCUGCCAGCGCAACUUUGAGCCCUGGAGAGAGACCGAAGACGAGCAGGAGGCGGCGGUCGCGCAGCGGGUCGAGGAGGAGAAGGGGGACGCGAUGAAAGCGCUCGAGAACCGCACGCUCGACUCGAAGCGGGAGAUGGACAUUCUCGACGCGCUGGACGAGAUCAAAGCCAUCAACCAGCGCCACGCGAAGGUCGACACGGACAAACUACUGCAGCAACACGCCAGUAAGGGGACCGCUAGUCAGGACGAGCGGGACAGGCAGUUGGCAGACGACCGACGCGAAGCUCAUCGCGUGUUUACCGAGAAACUGAAGCUGCAGCAGCAGGAGCACAGUCUGAAGCGACCAGUGGUCGAUGCAACGGAUCAAAGUGCGUCAACACGACUUGGUGCAGCUUCUUUGUCGGAGGACACGACACCAGCGACGCCAGUGCUGAAGGUGGCUGUGACUGUAAAGAAGAAGACGAGUGCGGCCGCAACGAAGAAGGCGAAGAGGGUCAAAGUCAAGAAGCAGGCUCAGCAGGUGGCAAGCUUGGUGGCAGACUAUAGUGCAAGCAGCGAUGAGUAG